GUUUAGGUCGUUCACCACACGAGUGGUAAUGAGUCGCUGGCGGCAGUCAGUGGUGGAAAUCCAAACCAGAAAGAGGCAGGUGAAUGAAUGCGAGCGGGCACAGGCCGCCCUGAGCAAAGUGACAGCCUGCUUCCAGCAAAUGGCCACCUCCUUGGGGAGCAACAUGGAUGGGAGCUUCCUCAGAGAGGAGCUGGAGGAAACCAGGACAGUAGCUCAUAAAAUAUGCUCAGGGCUUCACCGGAGGCUGCUAAGUCUGCUGAUAGAAAUGGAGCAAGGACAAGAGGACAAAGAACAGGUUGAACGACUUUGGGUGAUCUUUUUGUCCAGCUUGGAAAACUUCCAGCAGGACCUAAAGAAGGUCAAAGUCUUGCAAGAGAUAUUCCCUCUGACCCAGCGCAAAGAUCGACAAGCCCUCGUCAACACAGGUUAUGUGGGUGGAACUUCGGAAGUAGCAGCUCGGGCAGCCAUGGUGCAAACGCCAUGGUUAUCAGUAGAGGAGACUGCAAGCCCAGACCUGAAGAACCACAUAGUGGAGAUUGAUGUUCUGCUUGAAGAAAUGUUUCAAAGAGUUAAUGUUCCACUGUGGUCUGUUGAACCCACACAACCAAGCUGGUUAGAAGGCGUUUCUACCCAAGAUGGAGACUUGACCCAUGGGAGCAUACGUGUUGCAUCAAGCGGCACACAGCUUUCAAACAAGCCCAAGUAA